UUCAAUAGAGGCCGGAGCUGGUGUGAUACGUUCCACUAACUAUCCUGACGGGUAUCCAGCAUCGGACUGUGUUUGGAUAAUUGACUCUGGCGCCGAGAACAGGAUUAGACUCAAGUUCCAGGUCCGCGACUGCAGUGGAGAUUCCCUUUGGAUCUAUGAUGGAAACGGGACUGUUGGAGUACCACUAUUGGGCCAAUACUGUUCGACAGUUCCACCCACAUCUAUUGACUCUAGUGGACGGUUCGUGACAAUCAAGUUUAUGUCCGUGGGAGGAGCGGAAAACAACCAAGGCUUCGUCAUAUCCUAUGAAUCGAUCGACUUAGCGCUUGGUUCUCGAGUCAUUUGGAGCGAGAUUGAAGCGUCCACGGGUUUGGUUCGAUUGAACAGUGUACCGGCAGACCCCACCGUGAUGUUGAAACCAGAUGGGACAGUCCAGGACGCCAUCGUGACCAAUUUCUACUUCAUGGCCCCAAGUGGUAACUGGACUGCUCUAGAAACCCGGUAUGGUGAGCACGAACUGAUUUGGAGUGAUGGUCUUCGAAAGGUCAUGAUCAAGGGGUCAAUGGGAAGUAACCGAUCGGCGAAAAUCUACUACGGUUAUACAUCAUCAAGCGUUCUGGGAGUCGCAGUUGAUUGGCUGACGGGCAACGUGUAUUGGACAGAUGCAGCGUAUGAUUGGAUAAUAAUGCAUGACGCUAACGGGACGCGUAACGUCCUGAUUAUUGAUGAGGACCUGGAUAUUCCUACAGGCUUAGCCAUUCAUCCAUCCAGGGGAUACCUAUUCUGGACUGACUCAGGAUCCAGGCCAAAGGUAGAGAGGAGUAAUCUUGCAGGAGGAGGUCGUCUUCAACUGGUUUCCACAAACAUCCUUCGUCCCUCUGGAAUAACAGUUGAUUAUGAAACUGACUUAGUGUAUUGGGUGGAUUCCGAUCCAUCCUACAACCACAUGGAAGUCUGCAAUCUUGAAGGGGCAAAUCGCAGGACUCUGAUGCACUCUCCAACCAAUCUAGGCCUUUUCGACUUGACCAUCUCCGGGAACUACAUCUACACAACGGCAAAAGAGGCCCAGAAACUGAUAGUGCUAGUGAAAGACAGUGGUCAAGAACUAUUCAAUCUUGGCCUCCAAUAUACUCCAUACAGCAUCGUGACCUAUGCACCGGAUGUACAACCUCAGGAAUAUUCGCCGUGUAGCAGUAACCCUUGUAGCUUCCUUUGUGUCGGGGGAGGACCCAACGGUUACACCUGUCUGUGUGGAAACGGUUUCCUCCUAAAGGAAGAUGGUCGUACAUGCGAAAAGGCGGGUACGAUAGACCCACCGCAGUACUUCGUUGCCUCGCGCUCCAAGCUUUGUCGAUAUCCCAUCAACUUUCCUGACAUUGCUUUCCCCAUUGUCACAAACUAUAAUGUAUCCUGCUUCUUAGAAGGGCGGAGCCAUGCCGUAGCUAUCGCCGUCGAUUUGGAAGACGGAAUCGUGUUCUUCAGUGACUUAGGAAUGAAGGGAAUAGGGAUGGCCACCCUCAGAGAUGGUGCACCGGUGAAGAUUAUCACGGGUGGGGUACGGGCUGUACAAGGUUUAGCCGUAGACUGGAUGACGAAACACAUGUAUUGGACGGACCAUGCCAGGGGUACCAUUGAGGUUUCCAAGUACGACGGGUCUUACCGAACAACACUCAUCAAGGACAAUGUCAUCAAGCCUAGGAGCAUUGCCAUCGAUCCAGAGAGAAAGUACAUCUUCUGGACUGAAUUUGGCCCACCUACCCAGAUCGAACGUGCUUCGCUGGAUGGAACUGAACGUGUCGUCAUAAUGAUGGCACCACAUGGUCUGCCAUUCUUUGUCCCCACUGGGCUAGCUAUCGACACUGAAGAACAAAGGUUGUACUACGCAGAUCUUUCAACUCGUACAAUCAAUAAAGUCGAUUAUUUCGGGAACAAUAAGAGACAGCUACUGAGGAAAAAUGGCGCCAUCUUCUUUGAUGUUGCUCUCUACAAGGACUACAUUCUAUGGACGGAGCUUGGAGGAAACAAUGGUAUCUACGCAAGCAACCGCCACACUGGAGAGAUAGAACUAGUGUAUCAUAACCAAGGAGAGCAGGUGUAUGGCAUUACAACUUACGCGGACACCCGUCAGAAGAUCAUGCAUCAUCCAUGUCGUUACCAGAACGGAGGAUGUGAUCAGCUGUGUCUCAGCUCAUCUUCUAGUCGACGAGGAUUCGUGUGUGUUUGCACUCUCGGGUUCUACUUGGCUGACGAUGGAAAAUCUUGUGUGUCAGACCUUGUCCGAGACAACUUCUUUCUGGUCACGGACACCUAUCGACGAGCCAUCUUUCAGGUCGAUAUGCAGUCCACCACAUUCGAACCCAAAGCCUUGUUCCUUCCAAGCAUUCAGAACCCUAUAGCGGUGAGCUUUGAUCCCAUCGACAGGAAGGUCUACUGGACUGACGUGACUUCCAAGACACUCAGCCGUGCCUCGUUGGACGGCAACGACUACCAGGUCAUUGCUAGGGAUGGUAUUGAAGUUCCCGAUGGCAUUGCCGUAGACUCCAUUUCCAGGCUUGUGUACUGGACAGACUAUGGCAACCAUGGCAUCUCUGUAUCUCACCUGGACGGAUCAAACAGGAAGAUGCUGAUUCGAGGCUUAGACAAGCCUAGAGCCCUUGUGUUGCAUCCCGUGGAAGGGACAAUGUUUUGGACAGACUGGGGUGACAAUGCUGUCAUUGAACGAGCUUUCAUGGACGGAACAGAGCGAUCAAUAAUUGUGUCUGGAUCACUGGUAUGGCCAAACGGACUCACGAUCGACUAUGAUGGUAAUCGGCUAUACUGGUGCGACGCUGGUCUUGAGCGACUGGAGACGGCUGAUUUUAACGGUCGUGGCCGCCGUCUUCUCUUUACGUUCGGACGUAACGUCCAUGCCUAUGAUGUGGCUGUACGUGGUCAGUUUCUUUACUGGACAGACUGGACAAUGCAGAGUGUCCUCAAGAUGGACAAAGACACUGGUAGCGGUAUCGCAACAGUAGGACCCAAUGAUUACCUCAGACCAAAUGGAAUAUACAUGGUGUCCGACGAUACUCUGCCAUCAGGUGAAAACCAGUGCUCAACUGACAACGGAGGGUGCACAGGACUUUGCCUUCCAGUAGGCUUUGAUCGAAACUGCACAUGCGCAGAUGGAUUCCAAUUUGAUGAGGAUGGAACAACUUGUGUCUCAGAUCAAGUUACUGAAUGUCCACUGGUCUUUCACAAUGGUUUUGUUGACGAAUCAUGCGAUCCGCGGCCAGGACACAUUUGUGAUGUCCAGUGUCAUCCAGGUUUUUCCCCUUCUUCUGAUGCCAUCAUCUGCCUAUCAUCUGGGACAUGGGACCUUGACGUCAGCAGAAUUUGCAUGGCUGUUCAGUGUCGUCGACUCGAAACACCACCGCACGCUCUCCCUGGACCGUGCUCCCCUCCUUACAACACCGGCAAGAUGUGCACAUAUUCUUGCAUGCAGGAUACACGAAGACUAGAGGAGAUGACAGGAGAAUGUGUGACGAGCAUGGUGAAUGGAUUGGGAGUCCAAUACGCUGUGAACAGGAUCCUGGGCCUAGAACCGCUUCAUCUUGUAAUCCCAACCUGGCUUUCCUUGAAGAACCUCAGAAUCUAGAAGUAGCUCGCAGAGAUCUUUUAGAGCUGAGGUGCCGGGUCAGCGACCAAGAUGCAACCUUGACAU